GUCCACUCUCAUGUGUAGUGCAGUUGCUGCUGCACUUCAGUUGCAAGGCGUGUGAAGUGUCUUUGCACAGACGGGCUAGUUUGUGAGCUUUUUUGGGGGAAGGGCACCUAAAGGAUACUUGCCAAAUUGGAUAAACAAUUAAUGUUGGUCCUAGGAUUAAAAAACAAAACAAAAGCAGUGGCUCAAGAAUUCAUGUAGCAGAACUGCCGUUAGAACAACCAUUUCCAUUGCGCCCUUGGUCUCGACAAGUAUUCUUGCUGAGUUGCUGGAUGGACCAUUUGACUUCAGGUGAGACUGAAGUACUUUUGACCUCCCCAUUGUGCUGCUGGUGGUGACAUAUUGCACAGUCUCGCUAGCAUGUUUCCCUCCGUGCAACGCCGUCCAAUCUGCGACAUUGGUGUCCGAGCGGUCCGGUUACAGAACUCCACCAGGCACCUGAGGCCAGGUCCGGCCAGCAGCAAUGCCAGACCGGGAAGUGCCGCCUGGCUCGGCCAACGUGUCGGACAGGUUCUCGUCUGGCUCCAACGAGCCGUAGAAGGCACCACCGAAGUCAGCUCCGGGAAGAAGAAACAAGGACUCAUGUCAAUCUUUGCCAAUCACUGUAGUUUUGUCACUGGUCAGAGGCUUCGGCGCGCUUUUCAGAUUGGCGAGUUGUACUCCAACCUGUAUUCGGAGCGAACAAGGUGGACACUAGUGGGGACCAUAUGGCAACGCCUGCAGAGCAAAGGAGCUUCGUCUCGGAAACUACUGGCUGCUCUGGCCGGGGUCUUCAUGUGGGAGGAUGAGAAGAUCCGAGACGACGAGCUGCGCAGGUGUGCCUGGGAGCUGCAGGCGUUGGAGGCUGUGAAGAACCAGAGCGUGGCAGUAGAGAAGCCGGCUGUGCAGACCACCACGGACUGGGAGGUCGUCAUCGACAAGAAGUCCUUCCGAGUGUGGCGGAGACCCAUCGAGGGCAGCCACCUGUUCGAAUACAGAGUCUUUGGAACCUACACUGAUAUUACCCCAAGGCAGUUCUUCAAUGUCCAGUUGGACACGGAGUACAGGAAGAAGUGGGAUGCCCUGGUCAUAAAGCUGGAGGUGGUGGAUCGAGAUGCCAACACGGGCUCCGAGGUGGUGCACUGGGCAACACACUUCCCUUAUCCCAUGUACUCCCGGGACUACGUGUACGUGCGCCGCUACGACGUGGAUUUGGAGAAUAACCUGAUGGUCCUCGUCUCCAGAGCGGUGCAGCACCCCAGUCUCCCAGAGAGCCAAGACUAUGUGCGCGUGCACUCCUACCAGUCUCGCAUGGUCAUACGGCCACAUCGCUCCUUUGAUGAGAAUGGCUUUGACUACCUGCUGACGUACAGUGAUGACCCCCAGACCGUCUUCCCUCGCUACUGCGUCAGCUGGAUGGUCUCUAGCGGCAUGCCUGACUUCCUGGACAAACUGCAUACGGCUGCGCUGCGUGCCAAGAACCAGGAUGUUGGCGUGAUGGACUUCGCCAGCCUGGUGAAGGGGCCGCCUCAGCCCGAACGCCUCUCAGCAGACAACACACACAACCUCGGGGGCCCCGCCCCUCAGAUCUACGCCUAGAAGAGAUCGCGCAAACCCCAAACUCCUUCCAACCCCCAGAUCUACACGUGACCCGCCACCCACCCCUCAGACCUAUGCCCAGAGCAGGAGAUCACUCUACCCUCAGAAUCCCUCCAACCACCAGAUCUAUGCCUAGAGGAGCUCACUUGGCCCCCUGAAACCUCUCCACCAACCCCACUUUCCCCGCCUUCCCCACUGUCUUGAGGGGCGCUCCCCUCAGCUCUGUGCCCAAAGGCCAGGGCCACCUUGACUCUGGAAUCCUGUCUGCCACCCCCAUUCUCUUCACUACUAGCCCUACCAUCAGCUGUAACAGGCACUCAGUGGGGGGCACUGGGUGGGUACCCCAUCCCAUCCCAUCCCAUCCCAUCCCAUCUCAUCCUUAACCCCACUCCUCAUCUCUUCCUUCCUCUCCACUGCUUGCCUUGAGCAACCAGAGCCAGAACUUUCUAUAUGCCUGAAGCAGCCCAUCAUUAUAGUAGCCUAGGUGGUACUGAUCCCUGCAUCCCUUGAUCGAAUCCCCCCAGCCCAGCCCCACCCCAAUUGCUAUUCCAGUCCUGCCAUUGGAAGACUCCAGUUACUGACUGAGAAUGAGAGCAACAUCAGCUCAGUGUGUGCGUGUUGUUAACACAUGCACUUGAAGAAAAAAAAAAAAAAAACUAACUAAACUAUAAAGGAGAAAAGGCUUUUUGCAUGUUUGUGUGUUGGUUUUUCCUAGUAUGUCUGUUUUUUUCUGUCACUCUUGUGGCCUGGUGAUGCCAAAUGCUGAGGCAACAGGUGUCAGACACACUGGUGUUCGCCAAGUGCUGCGUCUGUCUGUCUGUCUGUCUUGUUUCCAGCAUCCAAUAGGAUCCUGUUCAAGGGUGGGUGGGGACUGAACCGAGCCUACAACGUCAAUAUAGUUGUUCUAAGACGGCUCUACUAAGACUGAGCUUACACGACACCUCUACGAAGGCUCUUAUGAAGCCGCUACGAAGCCCCUACAUCAGCUUUUUCCAUGAGUGUCAUGGCCGACAGCCCUGAGCCAAAUAGUUUCCUCCUGGGCUGUGCGAGGUUCAGCACAGCCAUAGUUGAGAUUCCUGCUCCUCCACCUACAGCCGAGCCAGAGAUGCAUCACCCUGACCCCUUGUCUACCCCUCCACCUCCUCCCUGGACUCUGUCAACAUAGCAGAGGCUUGGCUGUGUUACCCGACUCCUAAAAUCAACCCUCCCUUAUUCCCUCUCUCUCCCUCUGCCCCCCCUCCUCCCCCCUCUCUCUUUAGACUGUGCAAAGGGUCAGUACACUUUGAAGGGUGGGUCUCCUCAAUGCUCCCUCCUGCCUUCACCAACACCCCUACUCACCCGGUGUGCCCAGUAAGCAGUGUCCUUAUAUUAAAGCACUCUUCAGCACCAUAUUAUUGCCCUUUCUGUCUAUCUGCGUCUGUUUGGUGGGCACCAUCUCAGGAAACACCUCUCUAAGGAUUAACUUGUAACCUCUCUAACUCCUUUGUCGAGGUGUUUCUUGAAAACGGUGCACUUUGCUAGCGAGUCUAACACAGGAGUGCUUCUCACGCCUUUAGAAGAACGCAGAGGCCACAAGUGGGUGUCUUCCAAACACUCAUGUGUCUCCACACACACACACACACACACACACACACACACACACACACACACACACACACACACACACGCCUGUCUUCACCUCAGACUGUGAAUGUUUAGAUUUUGCUUUAUAGAUAAAAGAGAAAAACAAAACAAAAAGUUACGAAGUUCUGUUGGCGAGGCGGCCUUCGCAAGACAUCCUUCAGCGCAAUCAGCAGUCGUCCUUGUGAAGCAAACACAGACGGAGGGAGGGAGAUCAGUGGGCGUGUCUGGUUGGUAUUCAUGUGUGCCAUUAGCUGGAGACGCUGCCAUGGUGACGGAGAUUGUGCUCCCUGUGGUCACACGCGUACACCGCAGCCACUGGCAUCCAGCUGCUGUUAUCCACCCUGGCCCCCGGAUGCCCUUUGACUGGGCGCCUGCGUCCAGUCAUUGUUUAUGCAGCUCUUGUAGCCCUUUACUGAUGAGAUCGAGAGCCCCAACUCUGCAGCCCUGUAUACUUGGGAUCUAUCCUGGUGACCUCUGCUGGUGCUCUCUAAGCUCCGGGGCCUUGACGCCUAUUGACUCCUAGUGCUGUUCACUGGCUCCAUUCUAGGCUCGGCACUCCCGUCUGCUUCUGGGCCCUGUGCAGGUGUGCUGUGCUGCUCUGAGGACAAGACAUGUGGUGGCUGGCCACGUGCCUGAUUGAUUUUUUUUUCUCUUGCUGUGGCCAUUUGGUGCGAAGGCCAACUCUGCCACGCCGCUGCUUGACCACCAAAGAGUAUGGAAACUCCCAUCGUGGCCACAGCAGCCAGUACUAACCAGGACAUCCUCUUCUGGAAAACUCACAUUGUUUCUGUCUCCUGUGCUUUAUUUGUCUGGACUCGUCUGGAAGUCUCACAUUGUAACUGAUAAGAUAAGAACUGAUGUCCUUAAAAUGUUGUUACUGUGUCUGGCAAUCGGAGGAAGGUUUUUUUUGUUUGCUUUCCUUUGUUUUUGGAAUGUGUCAGACGGUCACAAGAUCGCCUAGAUUGGUGGUGCACAUUUCAAUUUAUAUGUCUGUCCAGUGUUUAUUUUGCCAUAUUUGGGGGCAUGGCAGUGUCAAGUGUAAGAGUAAAACAAUAGAUGCAUGUCCUUUGAGCAGAAUUGGGACACAAUUUUGGUAAUUUACUGUGGCAAAUCGUUUUUAUAUGCCUUUUCUCCUUAGCAUUGAGUUGUUACAUACACGUUGUGUGUCUGUUAUUAACUUUACAGCAACAUCACUGCAGGCAGCAUUGCUCUCCGUGUAACGAGCAGGAAGUGCUAUUGCAGCUUAAUGGCACUUAAUUUAUUGCAAAACAACAACAAAAAAAGGGUUUCACUUUUAACUUCCACUUUUAACCUUCAGCUGUUUCAGGUCUGGCCUGAAAUGUCUUUUCAUGGGGCACUUGAGCAGACGAGGCUCUCAGUCAGACUGCAGAUGAACUGUAUGGCCGGACACCAUUUUGCUUGCCCAGUGACUCCUACUACAUAUUUUCACCUAUAUAGUGUUUGACUGCUAGGUUUAGGAGGUUUUUUUUUUAUUAAAAAAGACGCACACGCACACACAGAAACACAAACAAAUCGUUUGACAUGCUGUCUGUUUUGUUUAACAUCUGUUAACAUUCUUUUCCUCUGGCUUUUCUGUUGUGCCACCUUUUGGAUUUUUCCAGUAGUGGUCAUAAAUGGUACCAAUAAUUUUAUUUCAUUCAUACUGUACUUGUUGUUAAGUUAUCAGUUCAUCCUUUCAUCUGCCGUUAGUGUUUUUUCAUGUUGGGCUCUGGGUGUUUUUCACUGGUGCUGGUCUUUUCUUCUUUUCUAUUAACCAAAUGCACUAUGAGUAAUGCUGUAUGUGAGCUCGUAGUGGAGACCAGCUUAGCAUGCUGCCCUCUGUAGGCAGAGCAAGGGCCUAAAUAACCUCCAUGAAUUCAUACAUUAAAAUGAUUUUGUGUGCGUUGCCCUGAAUUACCAGCAGUGUGUAGAUGCAGAUGACUUGUUUUUCAUUGUUUGUUUUUUUUUUUCUUCCUUUUUUAAAAGUAGUAUUUACAAAAAAAAAUUGAAACAAGAAAUCUGUCUGCCAAAUGAAUGUCACCUUCUCAGGUAGAUGUUCUCAUUUGCUGUUUUGAUUCUGUUUUGGAUGAUUUGUUAACUAAUGGUGAUGUUCUGUAGGCUGGAUACUUUUUCUUUUUUCCUCCAUUUAUGGUCAGUUUAUCUGGUGAAGAUGAGCCUGGCAGGUUACUGAAGGCACAUGACUUGGCCCAGUAAAAAGCAGCUUUACUCUUAGACCACCAUCACAGAACACCUCUCUGAAAUUACUUUAUCGUAAAAGCUCCCUCUACUGUAAAUCUAAAUAAAUGAGAAUUUUCACACACUUAUUUCCUUAACUGUUCAGAGGUACUCAGCAUACAACUCAAUGUGUUUUUUUCCCCUUUCUCAACUGUCUCACUCAAUUUGAUUUUGCCCCUAAUAUCCCUGAUAUUCACCUCUCUGUGUGCUUUUUAAAUGGAAAAAAAGACUAGUGUUGACUGAAGUGUGUCAGUAUUAUACGAUCACUCCCAUCACACUGACCAGAAAGAAAAUUAUACUGUAUGUGUAACUUUGCUGUGAAUGAAAAUGAAAAAUGUGUUUCUCACUUGUGCUUGCAUUGGAUUUGUUUGUCUAACCUUAGCAACAGGUCUGAUUUAGCCUGAGAGCUGAUGCUUUGGAUAUGGUAAUGGAGGAAUUGUGUGUGUGUGUGUGUGUGAGAGAGAGAGAGAGCGUGAGCAAGCAAGGAUUUAUGAAGGCAUGUUCACAUGGAUACACGCAAGGGUGACAUUGACUUGAGUGCUUGCUAGACAGCUAAGACACACACACACACAGCUCGCAUGCUCUUGCAGUUGUUGGUCAGUCAUGGUGUUUGUGCGUGCGUGUCUGCUGGAUUUGUGUGCGUGUGUGCCUGCACGUGUGUGUCUGCGUACGACUGGGGGCGGGGUGCUUGUGUGGAAGGAAGUGUACCUUUAAAAUGAAUGUACCUUCCGCUCGAAGAGUUCAUAGUGUUCUUUCUCUAAUGGAAAAGACCUGUCUAUUCUACUCACCUACUGCUAAAUCACAUGGUAGCUCGUUAUGAAGUCUGCAAUGCUGUGUUCAGGUACAUGAAUGAGUGUUGAGUGUGUGAAGGUCCUCUGGUAUAAUUGAGAUUCCUUUAAUCCAGUCUGUCUCACCAGUGGGGUGUCUGGCCAGGGGUGGUGGAAAGAGCACAGCUGCUGGUGACAUACUGCAUAAGUCAUACUGCAUACACUAUGUUACCAAAAAUAUUCACUAGCCUGCCUUGGCUCACACACAAGCUUUACUGCCAUCCCAUUCCUAACCCAUAAGAUUCAAUAAGAUAUCGGCCCACCUUUCACAGCUAUGGAUGGAUGAACUUGACUGGCUUGCACAUAGUCCUAACCUGAACCCAAUAGAAGACCUUUGAAAUGAAUUACAGCGGCUGACUGAGAGCCAGGCCUUCUCGACCAACACCAGUGUUUGACCUCACCAAUGUGCUUUUGGCAGCAAAUUUUAAAAAAUCCUUUCAGCACACCCUGCAACCUUGUGGGCAGCCUUCCCAGAUGAGUUGAAGCUGUAAUAUCUUCAAAAGGCGGACCGAUUCAAACCGUAUAUCAAAUCCUAUGGGUUAGGAAUGGGAUGGCACUUCAGUUCAUAUGUGACUCAUGGCAGGCUAGUGAAUUAUUUUGCUAAUAUUAGUGUAUAUACAUCUACAGGGCUCUAAAUUAACUUUAUUCAUCACUAGCCAACAUGGCUAGUAGAUGUCAAUCUUACUAGCCGAACACCCUCACCAAUGGGUUAAAGUGGCUAGUAAGUUGGUCUUUUCUACCGGCCAAAUAGAAAUUGCACCAGCAUUUGGCCGGUUGGCUAAUGUUAAUUUAGAGCCCUGUACAUCUAUAUGUGUGUAUGGGUGGCUGCAUAGAUACUAAACUCAGAGGCGACUCUAGGUCCAGCUGGGGCCCCAAGCGAAAUUUCAAAGGAGUGAACAUGUGACAGAAAUUUGCCACUAAUGUAGCAAAAUGUGAGCUGUUAUUCACCAUCUAAAGCUUGGGGGCCCCAAGCGUCUGCCUGCCUAGCGUGGUGACAAGAUGCGCCUCUGACUAUACUAUAUGUGUAUGUAUAGUAGACUGUAUAGCCUCUAUAUAUAUGCACGUGUCACGUGUGUGACUGUUGUGUGGAGUCUAUAGCACUGGUGCACAGCCUGUAAUGGAAGCCCUCCUGUGACUGAGUGUGCCCACACCCCUUCUCUCUGUGUGUGUGAGUGUGUCCAUGGUAUGAGAAGAAUUCUAAUAAAACACAAUAAAUCUUUUGGAGUAUAAAGA